AUUACCGUGUAUGUAUUAGCAGGUUAAACUACUUACGAAUCAUACCGUAUUACAAAACAAUUGAACACAUGUUAUGCUCCAACACCAGUUAUGGGACAAACUAAACACCUAACCCGAGCUAGCUAGCUUGGUCAUGUCUGCAUUCACUCUCAAUGGCGCUCUGACUCAGCAGGGCUAACAUUAGCUUAGCCUAGCAGCAACGUUAAGCUUUUGGACUUUUUAACUAUCAAACUGUGGAAAAGAUAAUAGACAAAUGUUGAAAUUACUGACCUGUUGAAGUGAUCGACCACACUGAGCAACACCAAGGGGUGAACGACCACAUUUUCCACCGCUAGCUCCGGCAUUUUAGCAGUGAAGAUAAACAGCUCUCAACAGCCGAUCGCAACACAAUGACGGCUGCUCUACACUUCCGCCUGAUUGUGCCGUAACUUCCGUUUCUCUUGGCAACAGGGAGACGCGGAAAAAAAACAGGACAGUUUUCUCAGAUCACAGACAAAAUGGCAGGAACUGAGCACGCUAACGUUGAGGAUACACUCAAAAGGAUUGAAGCCCAUAAAGGUGUGAUUGGAACAAUAGUUGUCAAUGCAGAAGGUAUUCCCAUCAGAACAACUUUAGAUAACUCCACAACUGUUCAGUAUGCAGGACUUCUUCGCCACCUCGCGAUGAUGGCCAGGAGCACAGUGAGGGACAUUGACCCUCAGAAUGACCUCACCUUCCUCCGCAUUCGCUCAAAGAAACAUGAGAUCUUGGUUGCACCAGAGAACGACUUUCUGCUGAUAGUCAUCCAGAACCCAUGUGAAUAGCUUACGGACAUUCCCAUGAUAGUCAGCCUUUGGUUUAUCACAUGAUGGUGAUUUAUCCAGGCUAAAAUAUAUUCUCCCACUGUGUUAUGUCGCUCCAUGUACUGCAUGAUUCCUUUGUACUUGGAAGUAAGUUGCCUUAAUGUACAGGAUGCACUGUUUGUUUACCUCAUCUCAUUCUUUCAUUUCAUGUUCGUGUGUUGAUAUUGAAUAAUUCUGUGAAAUAAAGCUGCUUGUGUUGUACAAAACUUA